AGAUCUCAUGAUUUAGCACUCCACUCCCCACAUAAUAGCACAGGAUGAGACACCCAGUACCUCUCAGUCUGAGCAGUCUAUGCAGUGACUCUAACCAGUGACAGCUCUCUCUCUCUCUCUCCCUCUCUCUCUCUCUCUCCCUCUCUCUCUCUCUCUCUCUCUCUCUCUCUCUCUCUCUCUCUCUCUGUAAACACUUCAUUUUCUUGGAAUUUUGGGAGAUUACAAAAUCUUCUUCAAUUGCUAAGAGAUUUACUACUUUUUUACUCUUUUAUACACACACACACACACACACACACACACACACACACACACACAGCUUCCUACCCUGCAAAAGCUGGAUACCACUGAAGACAUUUCUGAAGAGGCUUAGCCAUAACUUGAGAGAUGGUGAAUCUCUACAAGAAAAUUGUUCUUGUGUCCGGAUUAGAACAAAUGAGUGACUAUCACUUUAGAGUAAUUAAGUCCCUACUGAACCAUGACCUAAAACUGACUAAGAAGAUGCAAGAUGAUUAUGACAGAAUUAAGAUUGCUGACUUAAUGGAAGAAAUGUUCCCAGAGGACGCUGGAUUGAGCAAACUGAUAGAAGUAUGUGAAGAUAUUCCAGAACUUAGAGAUUGUGUUGAUACACUUAGAAAAAAGAUGGAGGAAGUUAAAAGUGAAACCAAAAUAAAUUCUGAAUCCAGUACUCUCCCACUUACCUCUGACGUGACGGGAGUGUGUGAAGUAGAACCAGCUCCAAUGGCAUCUUCAUCAGAGGAAAGCAAAGACACGAUCCCUGAAUCACUUGAUACCAUGACAAUACAGUCUUUGGAGGAGGAGCCUAACUUUCCAGAACUUUCAGCUGCCAGCGCAUGCCCAGCUAGGCAUGAACUUCUGACUCCUCGGGAGUUUCCAACAACAGCCUCCAGCCGCCUCCAGACCCUGCUGGAAAUAUCAUCCACCACAUUGGCAAUAUCUCGGAGUUCUUCAGCACCGCGUUCCACCUGUGACCGGGCUUCUCAGGUGCCUCCAGCGACAGCCUCCAGCAGCAUUCAGACCCUCCAGACCUGUCUGGUAACCCCAACCCUUUCUUGUAGUCACCAAGCUACUCUGGAGUCUCCAAAAACAGAGCCCAGCAGUGUCAUGGCCUUUCAGAUGACUCAAGCAACAACGACCAGUGGUCAUAAUCGUCCUCGGGUGCCUGCAGCAUCAGUAUCCAGCAGUUUCAGUAAACCUCAGGUGACCCCGGCAACAUUGCCCAGCAGUAUCCAAGCCCCUCAGAUGCCUCAAGCAACAUUGCCCAGCAGUGUCCAAGCCCCUCGGAUGUCUCAAUCAACAGUGCCCAGCAGUGUCCAAGCCCCUCGGAUGCCUCAAGCAGCAGUGCCCAGCGGUGCCCAGACCUUUCGAAUGAACCCAGCAACAAUGACCAGUGGUCAUAAUCAUCCUCGGGUGCCUGCAGCAGCAGUAUCUAGCAGUUUCAGUAAACCUCAGGUGACCCCAGCAACAUUGCCCAGCAGUAUCCAAGCCCCUCGGAUGCCUCAAGCAACAUUGCCCAGCGGUGCCCAGACCUUUCGAAUGAACCCAGCAACAAUGACCAGUGAUCAUAAUCGUCCUCAGGUGUGUGCAGCAACGGCGCACAGCGGUUACAGUAACCCUCAAGUGACCCCAGCAACAAUGACCAGUGGUCGUAAUCAUCCUCAGGUGUGUGCAGCAAUGGUGCACAGCAGUUACAGUAACCCUUGGGUGACUCCAGCAACAGUGGCCCGCUGUGGCCAGGCCUUGAGAAUGACUCCAACCACAAUGGCCAAUGGUUGUAAUACAUCUCAGGUAUCUGCAGCAACAGGAUCUAACAGUUACGAUACCCCUCAGAUUACCCAAACCACAGUGCCCAGCAGUGUCCAAUCCCUUUGGAUCCCUCGAACAGCAUUGCCCAGCAGUGCCCAGAUCUUUCGAAUGACCCCAGCAGCAAUGACCAGUGGUUGUAAUAGUCCUCAGGUAUCCGGAGCAAGAGUACCUGUCCAUUACAAUAACCCUCGGGUGACUUCAGCAACAGUGCCCAGUGGUGCCCAGAUCUUUCGAAUGUCCCCAGCAGCAAUGACCAGUGGCUGUAAUAGUCCUCAGGUAUCCGGAGCAGGAGUACCUGUCCAUUACAAUAACCCUCGGGUGACUUCAGCAACAGUGCCCAGUGGUGCCCAGAUCUUUCGAAUGUCCCCAGCAGCAAUGACCAGUGGUUGUAAUAGUCCUCAGAUAUCCGGAGCAAGAGUACCUGUCCAUUACAAUAACCCUCGGGUGACUUCAGCAACAGUGCCCGGCAGCGCCCAGAUCUUUCGAAUGUCCCCAGCAACAAUGACCAGUGGUUGUAAUAGUCCUCAGGUAUCCGGAGCAAGAGUACCUGUCCACUACAAUAACACAGCAACAGUGCCCAGCGGUACCCAGACCUUUCGAAUGACCCCAGCAGCAAUGGCCAGUGGUUGUAAUAGUCCUCAGGUGACUGCAGCAACAGAAUCCAGCAGUCACAAUAGUACCCCUCAGGUGUCUUCCGCAACAGUCCCCAGGAGUUUUCCUGCUAUGUCUGUGUCUCCAGCAACACCACUCAAGAAACCAAGACUGAAGAAUAUACCUAAGCAACCUUCUGAAGAAGAUGGUCACCAGGAAGGUUCCAAGCAAGUGAAGGUGUUAAAAGCAACAGAGCCAUUCACGUAUGACAUGAGAAAAGACAAAAGGAUGUUCCAUGCCACCGUGGCUACUGAGACUGAAUUCUUCAGAGUGAAGGUGUUUGUCGAAGCCCUCAAGGAAAAGUUCAUCCCCCAGAAAGUUAUUGUCAUCUCAGAUUAUAUUGGCUCCAAUGGGUUUCUAGAGAUCUACAGAGCCUCCUGUGUGUCAGAGGCGAACAGCGACAAUGUGAUGAGUAUCCCAUCUUCCCUGAGACAAAGAGCCAAUGCAACACCUAAAAUUAGUACUCUUUGUACCCAAAGAGCGGGAACAUUUGUGAAUGGAACGUUUACAGUAUAUGUGAAAAGAGUGAAGAGUGAAUUCAUUUACUACGGAAUAGAAGAUAGCACAGGGAGGAUGGAAGUGGUGGUCUACGGACAAUUUGCCAACAUUCACUGUGAGCCUGGAGAUAAGCUUAGACUCUUCUGCUUUGAAUUGAGCUCCAGUUUGGAUACAUGGCAGCUGAGAUCUGUGAGGCACAGUUUUAUGCAGGUCAUCCAAUCUAGUAAGAGAGACAGCGAACUUCCCAACCCUCAUGCAAUUAUUGACACGGAUCAAAACUCCCACUCACAUAUCCCUGAACAGCAAUGGUAAUGAUGUUGUGCUGAUAAGCUGCAAGUGCCAAAGGAAAGUGUGUAUAUGGAAGGUAGUGAACUAAGAUAUAUAUAAAAUCCAGUUCUUGAUCAUAGGAAAUAGUAUUCUUUUAAUUUGUUCCUUAUGCAUUCUAGUUUCCCUAUAUUCCUCAUUUCCAUCUGUAUGUCUCAAAAUGUGAAAGGAAGAAUAAUAAACAUUUUAUGCAAGUGG